AUGUGCUCUCUCCCUCCCUCCCACCCUCCCUCCCUCCCACCCUCCCUCCCUCCCUCCCACCCUCCCCUCCCCUCUCCUCCUCCCCUCGCCCCUCGCCCCUCGCCCCUCACCCCCGCCAUCACGGAUGACGUGGGGAGGUCGCUGUGUGCUUGUCUGGGGGCGAAGAGUGCGGGGGAUGGCAGUACGCGCGCGCCAGCGGCAUCCCCACGCUCGCCUUCCCCGUCAACGCCAAGCUGCCGCCCAGCGAACAAAUCGGCCUCUCGCCUGACGAGCUGCUCGCCGCCAUGCGGUCAGUCUCUGCGUUCCUACCAGCACGGGAUUCGACUCCUGCCUGAUAAAUCUGCUGCCACCACCCAGCUGCUCACCGCCACACCCAUUCCCCUCCCCAACCCACUAUCCCCCACUCACUUCACGGCCCAGGCAGCAGCACUACGUGGUGCUGGGGGUCACCUGAAGCUGCUGCCCGCCUCGCUGGCAGCACGCAGUGGACUGCAUAGUGCUAGCGGGGUAUCUAAAGCUGCCGCCCGCCUCUCCGCCCUUCUCCCCCAGCUCACCCCGUUCUCUUGCCUCCCUGGCCCGCACCCUUUCCACUCCUCCCACUCCCAGGCAGCACAGAGUGGAGUACAUGGUGGUCCUAGCGGGGUAUCUGAAGCUGCUCCCCGCUGCCCUGGUGGGAGCGUUUCUCACUCUACCUCUACCCACCCCUUCCACCUCCAUCUGUUUGUGCAGGCAGCACAGAGUGGAGUACAUAGUGCUAGCGGGGUACCUGAAGCUGCUGCCGGCCUCGCUGGCGAUUGUCCUUUCACACCCUUACCCACUCUCGCUCCCACCACCAACUCUCUCCCCUCUCCCUCACGGCCCAGGCAGCACGGAAUGAAUUACAUAGUGCUAGCAGGGUAUCUGAAGCUGCCGCCCGCCUCUCCGCCCUUCUCCCCCAGCUCACCCCGUUCUCUUGCCUCCCUGGCCCCCACCUUUUACACUCCUCCCACGCCCAGGCAGCACGGAGUGGAGUACAUAGUGCUAGCGGGGUAUCUGAAGCUGCUGCCCGCCUCACUGGUAGGGUCGUUCCUUACUCAACCGUUCUGCACUUCUUCCACCCCCAUCUGUUUGCGCAGGCAGCACGGGGUGGACUACGUGGUGCUAGCAGGGUAUCUAAAGCUGCUGCCCGCCUCGCUGGUGGAGGCAUUCCCGCGAGCCAUCCUCAACAUCCACCCCGCGCUGCUGCCUGCGUUCGGAGGCAAGGGCUACUAUGGCAUGCGCGUGCACAAAGCAGUCAUCGCCUCUGGCGCCAGGGUAUCAGGCCCAACGGUGCACUUUGUGGACGAGCGGUACGACCACGGCCCCAUAGCAGCGCAGGCGGUGGUGCCCGUGCUGCCCUCCGAUGACCCCCCCGCCCUGCAGGCGCGCGUGCUCGCCCAGGAGCACCAACUGUAUGCGCGGGUGGUGGCAGCGCUGUGUGACGGCCGGGUGGAGUGGCGGGAGGAUGGGGUGCCGCUCAUCCGCACAUCCAAGGAUGGCAACGACUUCGAUCACCCCCGGCGCGUCCCUAUGUUCGGCUUUUUCAAAAAGGGCAAGCCGCAGCAGCAGCAGCCGCAACCGCCGCCGGCCGGCCAGCCCGGAUACCCUCCCCCCGUGGGGUACGCGCAGGGCGGCUACGCGCCAGCUGCGCCGCCGCCUGCGGGCUAUGGCGGAGCGCCGGGAGGGUAUGGGCAGGCGGGGGGAUACGGCGGGGCAGCAGGGGGCGGCGGCGGGGGGAGGGCGCAGAUGACGUUUCAGCAGAAGUACGGUUUCAUUCCGGAUUCGUUUCAGAACAUUCAGCAGGUAGGGAGGCGGGUCCAGGAGAAGCUCCGAGAGGUGGGGCUGGAGUCCAGCAAUCUAAUCGUAGCCGUUGAUUUCACCAAGAGCAACGAAUGGACAGGCAAGCACACGUUUGGCGGGCGGUGUCUGCACGCCAUAGGGCCGCACAUGAACCCGUACGAGCAGGCCAUUCAGAUCAUCGGGGAGACGCUAGAGCCCUUCGACGAGGACAACCUCAUCCCCGCCUUCGGCUUCGGCGACGCCACAACGCAUGAUAAGGCAGUGUUCUCAUUCAACCGUGACAACCGGCCGUGCAACGGCAUUGCAGAGGCGCUAGCACGCUACCGGGCCAUUGCACCCCACGUCAAGCUCUCAGGUCCCACAUCCUUUGCCCCGGCAAUAGAGGCAGCGGUGCGCAUAGUGGAGGAGAGCGGGGGCAACUACCACGUGCUGCUCAUCAUUGCUGACGGCCAGCUCCGCACCCCCCUUUCUGUCCUUUGCACGAACGGCCUCCUGCCCCAACCACCCCCCCCACAGGUGACGCGCAGUGCGGACGUGCCGCCCGGGCAGCUGAGCAAGCAGGAGCGCGCCACUGUGGACGCCAUCGUUGCUGCCAGCAACUAUGCGCUCUCCAUAGUGCUCGUGGGCGUGGGAGACGGCCCCUGGGACGUGAUGCACGGCUUUGACGACCUGCUGCCGGCUAGGGCCUUCGACAACUUCCAGCGCAACUUCGACAACUUCCAGGUCGCCAUGCCUGCCCGCCCUGCUCCUCUGCGCCGCCACCCCGUUGCUGCCUCUGGUCUUACUGAAGCGCCUGUGAUCACCAGGCCUGUGAUCACCAGGCCUGUGAUCACCAGGCCUGUGAUCACCAGGCCUGUGAUCACCAGGCCUGUGAUCACCAGGCCUGUGAUCACCAGGCCUGUGAUCACCAGGCCUGUGACCACCAGGCGUGUGACCACCCCUCUUCCUGUGACCACCCCUCUUCCUUUCCAUUCAUCUUGUUUUAUCUCACUCCACUCUCUUGCUCUCUAUUCCCCACUUCCCUUGCCCCCCUUUCGAACACCUCCCCCCCCUGCCCCCCAACCCCACAACGUCUCCCUCACCCACAACGUCUCCCCCACCCCACAACGUCUCCCUCACCCACAACGUCUCCCCCACCCCACAACGUCUCCCCCACCCCACAACGUCUCCCCCACCCCACAACGUCUCCCCCACCCCACAACGUCUCCCUCACCCACAACGUCUCCCCCACCCCACAACGUCUCCCCCACCCCACAACGUCUCCCCCACCCCACGUCUCCCUCACCCACAACGUCUCCCCCACCCCACAACGUCUCCCCCACCCCACAACGUCUCCCCCACCCCACAACGUCUCCCCCAACCCACAACGUCUCCCCCACCCCACAACGUCUCCCCCACCCCACAACGUCUCCCCCACCCCACAACGUCUCCCUCACCCACAACGUCUCCCCCACCCCACAACGUCUCCCCCACCCCACAACGUCUCCCCCACCCCACAACGUCUCCCCCACCCCACAACGACUCCCCCACCCCACAACGUCUCCCCCACCCCACAACGUCUCCCCCACCCCACAACGUCUCCCUCACCCACAACGUCUCCCCCACCCCACAACGUCUCUCCCACCCCACAACGUCUCCCCCACCCCACAACGUCUCCCCCACCCCACAACGUCUCCCCCACCCCACAACGUCUCCCUCACCCACAACGUCUCCCCCACCCCACAACGUCUCCCCCACCCCACAACGUCUCCCCCACCCCACAACGUCUCCCCCACCCCACAACGUCUCCCUCACCCACAACGUCUCCCCCACCCCACAACGUCUCCCCCACCCCACAACGUCUCCCCCACCCCACAACGUCUCCCCCACCCCACAACGUCUCCCCCACCCCACAACGUCUCCCUCACCCACAACGUCUCCCCCACCCCACAACGUCUCCCCCACCCCACAACGUCUCCCCCACCCCACAACGUCUCCCCCACCCCACAACGUCUCCCCCACCCCACAACGUCUCCCCCACCCCACAACGUCUCCCCCACCCCACAACGUCUCCCUCACCCACAACGUCUCCCCCACCCCACAACGUCUCCCCCACCCCACAACGUCUCCCCCACCCCACAACGUCUCCCCCACCCCACAACGUCUCCCCCACCCCACAACGUCUCCCCCACCCCACAACGUCUCCCCCACCCCACAACGUCUCCCUCACCCACAACGUCUCCCCCACCCCACAACGUCUCCCCCACCCCACAACGUCUCCCCCACCCCACAACGUCUCCCCCACCCCACAACGUCUCCCCCACCCCACUACGUCUCCCCCACCCCACAACGUCUCCCUCACCCACAACGUCUCCCCCACCCCACAACGUCUCUCCCACCCCACAACGUCUCCCCCACCCCACAACGUCUCCCCCACCCCACAACGUCUCCCCCACCCCACAACGUCUCCCUCACCCACAACGUCUCCCCCACCCCACAACGUCUCCUCCACCCCACAACGUCUCCCCCACCCCACAACGUAUCCCCCACCCCACAACGUCUCCCCCACCCCACAACGUCUCCCCCACCCCACAACGUCUCCCUCACCCACAACGUCUCCCCCACCCCACAACGUCUCUCCCACCCCACAACGUCUCCCCCACCCCACAACGUCUCCCCCACCCCACAACGUCUCCCCCACCCCACAACGUCUCCCUCACCCACAACGUCUCCCCCACCCCACAACGUCUCCUCCACCCCACAACGUCUCCCCCACCCCACAACGUAUCCCCCACCCCACAACGUCUCCCCCACCCCACAACGUCUCCCCCACCCCACAACGUCUCCCUCACCCACAACGUCUCCCCCACCCCACAACGUCUCUCCCACCCCACAACGUCUCCCCCACCCCACAACGUCUCCCCCACCCCACAACGUCUCCCCCACCCCACAACGUCUCCCUCACCCACAACGUCUCCCCCACCCCACAACGUCUCCCCCACCCCACAACGUCUCCCCCACCCCACAACGUCUCCCCCACCCCGCCCCCCUCUCAGUGCACCCUUCGUGGACUGCUCGCAGAUCCUGGCAGCGCCGGGGCCGCACGAGCAGAAGGCGGUGCGCUUUGCACUGAGUGCGCUCAUGGAGGUGCCGCUGCAGUUCAAGGCGUGCAGCGAGAUGGGUGCUCUGGGCAAGCGCAUCGGGCGCAUGCCACCCACCCCGCCUCUGCCUCCCCCUCCACGAGUGCUCGAGAUGGACGCUGCUGCUGCUUCGGGCAUGGGAUACCAGCAACAGCAACAGCCAUCGCCGUAUGGCCAGCAGCAACCGCCCCCCUACUACCAGCAGCAGCAGCAGCCGUACCCCGGUGCCCCUCCUUCCAGCUAUCCCACCGUGCCCUCCGCCCCGCCUGCACCAGACCAGUUCCCUUCGCAAGAGGGGGGGUAUCCGUCUCCUCAAGGCGGGUAUGGGCAGCAGGGUGGUUACCCCCCUCAGCAGGGAGGGUAUUCUUCUCAACAGGGUGGUUACCCCCCACAGCCGAAUCAACAGGGUGGUUACCCUCCACAACAGGGCGGUUAUUCUUCUCAACCUGGAGCUCCCCCACACUCGGACUACAAGCUGCCUGCUAUAGCACGCGACCCACAGCUGCCUGCUAUAGCACGCGACCCACAGCUGCCUGCUAUAGCACGCGACCCACAGCUGCCUGCUAUAGCACGCGACCCACAGCUGCCUGCUAUAGCACGCGACCCACAGCUGCCUGCUAUAGCACGCGACCCACAGCUGCCUGCUAUAGCACGCGACCCACAGCUGCCUGCUAUAGCACGCGACCCACAGCUGCCUGCUAUAGCACGCGACCCACAGCUGCCUGCUAUAGCACGCGACCCACAGCUGCCUGCUAUAGCAUGCGACCCACAGCUACCUGCUAUAGCACGCGACCCACAGCUGCCUGCUAUAGCACUCGACCCACAGCUGCCUGCUAUAGCACGCGACCCACAGCUGCCUGCUAUAGCACGCGACCCACAGCUGCCUGCUAUAGCACGCGACCCACAGCUGCCUGCUAUAGCACGCGACCCACAGCUGCCUGCUAUAGCACGCGACCCACAGCUGCCUGCUAUAGCACGCGACCCACAGCUGCCUGCUAUAGCACGCGACCCACAGCUGCCUGCUAUAGCACGCGACCCACAGCUGCCUGCUAUAGCACGCGACCCACAGCUGCCUGCUAUAGCACGCGACCCACAGCUGCCUGCUAUAGCACGCGACCCACAGCUGCCUGCUAUAGCACGCGACCCAAAGCCCCAAAAGCCCCAAGAGCCUCACAGCCUCACAGCCUCAAACCAUCAGCCCUCCUGGCAGUGCGUGUGGUGCAUGGCCGCCAGCAGCUUCACCAGUGGCUCCUCCACGUCUCCAACUGCCCCCUUCCCCCCUACCUCCCCCUCACCGCGCUCCCUUCCCUGCCCCCUUCCCCCCGACCUCCCCCUCACCGCGCUCCCUUCCCUGCCCCCUUCCCUCCAACCUUAG